AUGGAUCCCUCCUCCGGAUCCGCCUCCCGCCACGGUCGCCUCCUCAUCUCGCCGUCGCUCUCCACCCGCUCCCCGUCCCCCUCGCCGGCCGCGUCCCCCGCGCCACACCACCACCAGGAGCGCCGCAACUCUACUUCCUCCCCGAAGCCCCUGGUCCCCUUCCCGGCCUCCUCCUCUUCCGCCAACAGGCCCCGCUCCUCCUUCGGCGGCGCGGGGCCCCGCGGCUCCGCGGCGGCGACCUCGGCCUCGGGCCCGGCGUUCGCCCACAACGCGCGCCUCGCGGUGGCGCUGGUGCCCGCCGCGGCCUUCCUUCUCGACCUUGGCGGGCUCCCCGUCUUCGCCGUCCUCGCCAUCGGCCUCGCGGCGGCAUACCUCCUCGACGCGCUCCAGCUGCGCCAGGGCGCCUUCUUCACCGUCUGGGCGGCGCUGCUCGCGGCCGAUGUCGCCUUCUUCUUCUCCGCCUCGCUAUCAUCUGCUGCUGCCGCCUCGCUGCCGCUCACCGCCCUCGCGCUGCUUCUCUGCGCUGAGACCUCCUUCCUCAUUGGCGUAUGGGCGUCGCUGCAGUUCCGAUGGAUCCAGCUCGAGAACCCGACCAUUGUUGCCGCCCUAGAGCGGUUGCUCUUUGCCUGUGUGCCCAUCGCCGCACCUGCCCUCUUCACGUGGGCUCUCGUAUCCGCGGUUGGCAUGGCCAAUGCAUCCUACUACUUUGCCGCGUUCUGCAUGGUGUUCUACUGGCUGUUCUCCAUACCCCGUCCGUCCAGCUUCAAUAGCAGGAAGCAGGAUACUCCAAUACUGGACAGUGAUGGCAUUCUUGGCCCGUUGGAGAGCUGUGUGCAUUCGCUGUAUGUGCUGUUCGUGCCGGUGUUGUUCCAUGCUGUGUCCCAUCAUGCCACACUCUUCACAUCGUGGGCCAGUGUGUGUGAAUUGCUGCUGCUGUUCUUCAUACCAUUCUUGUUCCAGCUUUAUGCUUCCACUCGUGGUGCACUGUGGUGGAUCACCAGGGAUGCACGUGCAAUGGACCAGAUAAGAAUCGUGAAUGGGUUCGUUGCACUGGUCGUGGUGGUGCUUUGCCUUGAGGUGCGAGUUGUGUUCCACACGUUUGGAAGAUACAUUCAUGCUCCACCACCGCUGAAUUACCUGCUUGUAACGGUCACAAUGCUUGGUGGCGCUUUGGGCCUUGCAGCCCAUGCUGCGGGCAAGGUUGGGGAUGCUGCUAGCUCAGUGGCUUUUACAGGGUUGGCAGUGCUAGUCAGUGGAGCAGGAGCUGUAGUCAUUGGAUUCCCCAUGAUGUUUCUGCCACUGCCGAUGAUUUCUGGCUAUUAUGUUGCAAGGUUCUUUACUAAGAAAAGCUUGUCAUCAUACUUUACCUUUGUGGCACUUGCAAGCUUGAUGGUCCUUUGGUUUGUGGUGCACAAUUAUUGGGAUCUGAAUAUUUGGCUUGCUGGCAUGCCAUUGAAGUCCUUCACGAAGUAUGUUGUUGCAGCUGUCAUCAUGGCAAUGGCUGUUCCUGGUUUGGCACUUCUCCCAACAAAACUUCGCUUUCUUCUGGAACUGGGUCUUAUUGGUCAUACAUUGUUGCUAUGCUACAUCGAGAACCGAUUGUUCAACUAUGCCUCCAUGUAUUACUAUGGAUUUGAAGAUGAUAUCAUCUAUCCUAAUUAUAUGGUUUUUAUUACAACCUUUUUGGGCUUGGCUCUUGUAAGAAGAUUAUAUGUGGAUCAGAGACUAGGGCCCAAAGCUGCUUGGAUUUUAACUUGCCUAUAUUCAUCAAAAUUAGCAAUGCUGUUUAUGACAUCAAGAUCAGUUAUAUGGGUGUCAGCUGUUCUGCUACUUGCUGUUACCCCCCCUUUACUUCUUUACAGAGACAAGUCUAAAGGAGCUUCUAAGAUGAAAGUCUGGCAAGCUUAUUUCCAUGCAUCCGUCAUAGCGUUUUCUGCCUGGCUCUGUCGGGAAACAAUUUUUGAAGCUCUACAGUGGUGGAAUGGAAGACCUCCUUCAGAUGGUUUGUUACUGGGUUCAUAUAUUCUGUUGACAGGAGUUGCAUGCAUUCCAAUAGUCGUUCUCCAUUUCCCACAUGUUCAGUUAGCGAAGAGAUUCCUGGUCCUUGUUGUGGCUACAGGCCUUCUCUUCGUUGUUAUGCAGCCUCCUAUUAAGCUAUCAUGGGUAUACCGGUCGGAUUUUAUCACAGCAGCACAUUUAUCUGAUGAUGACAUUUCAAUAUAUGGGUUUGUAGCAUCUAAGCCCACAUGGCCGUCAUGGCUGCUCAUCGCAACUGUGGUACUUACACUAGCAGCGGUUACAUCCAUCAUCCCAGUGAAGUAUGUUGUUGAGUUGAGGGCUUUGUAUGCAGUGGCAGUUGGGAUUACACUAGGCAUCUACAUAUCUGUUCAGUACUUCUUCCAGGCAGUUGUUCUGUAUCCUCUUCUUGUUGCAACAAUUGUCUCUGCGGCAGUCUUUGUCGUAUUCACACAUCUUCCUUCUGAAUCGAGCACAAGGGUUUUGCCAUGGGUGUUCUCUUUCUUGGUAGCUUUGUUCCCAGUCACCUAUCUGCUUGAAGGACACUUAAGAUCCAAAAGUUUUGCAGAUGAGGAUGAAGAAGAGAAGUUCACCAACAUGUUGGCUAUAGAAGGGGGCUAG